GUAGCGGUCCCUGCGCAAAUCACUGCAGCCCUGUCAGUAUUACAGAGCCCGAGGCGCUGAAAGAAAAAGUCAAACUUUGAAGCAACUUCUCGGGCUGAACGUCAAAGGCAGCGAUUCACUGGUGAUCCUCCUGUGAGUGGAGCUCCGAGAAAGUGUUUUCGAAGAACGCACGCAACACUGACAGCAGCAGGCAGCCCCAGGUUUGCCGAUUUAUUUGACUUGAGAUUUGCUCUUUCUCGUGACAAUAUGUCCUCCCUGAAGCAAAGGAAUAAAAAUCAUUCUGAUCGGGGUUCCCACACUGGCCAGGACGACGCGGCUAAGAGGAGCUCGAAGGGAAAUAAAGGAGGCACAGGCUCCGGUUCGGCCGUGGGCAAGGUGCUGACUUGCCUCCUCUUUGUCAUUCUCGCUGUAGCGGCUGCCCUUUCCGCCUGGUGCAUCCACAACCUAUCGCAACAGGUCAACCAUUUUCACCAGAGGAGCGAGGAAACCUCCCUACAAGGCAAAGAACUGGCAAAGAAGUUGGAAACUGUUUUGCAACAGGUGGAAUCUACGAAAAUCUUGAUUAACAGACUGGACUCGGUUUUGCUUGACACCCAACAGCAGCUGCAAGAAACAAACAAAGCAGUCAACACAGGCGAAAGCAAGACAAAUCAAAUUGGUGAAACUCUGCAAAAGCUACAGAAUGAAAUCCUUCGAGACCUCUCUGAAGGAAUCCAGGAUGUAAAAGAUGCAAGAGAGAGAGAUGUUACAUCUCUUGAAAAAACUGUAGAAGAAAAAUUAACAGAAUUAACCAAAUCAAUCCAUGAUAACAUUGUUGCCUUUACAGAAGUACAGGAGAAGAGUCAGAAUGACAUAGAUGACAUUAAGUCAAAGGUCAGUUCACUGGAAAUAACUGUUGAGACAAAGGAUCAAGAAAUCACAACUUUAGUCAGUAAGUAUGGUCAGCUGACAAGUACCUUAAAUUCACAGCUUACUGCACAGGAAGCACUGAUGCAAUCAGUCUCUAAAGCUGAAAUAUCUCUCAAUGCUGUGUCUGAAGAGGUUCACAAUUGUCAGCAAGAUUUACAGGAAACAAAGCUCAGCUUGAAUGAGCAGGAAAAAAUACUGCUUUCAAAAACAAUUGAUGCUUCAGCAAAUGCUGAAAAGCAAAAUGAGAAUUUUGAAUCCCGAUUAACCACGGCAGAGGCAAACAUCAUGGCUUUGAAUACAGCUACAACACACUUAUCUGAUAAAAUUGAGUUCUACAAUUUAGAUUCAGUGCAGAAUACAAUGAGAAGUGUGGCUGAGUCUCAGGUAUCAUUCAGCAAUGACAUCCAAACAUUAAAAGCAAACCUGAAUGAUCUGCAAAGUUCAUCUAUGGAUGAAGCACUCAGUGCGCUGCAGAAUGAAAUGCAAACUCUAGAGGCACAUCAGAAGCAACACAUUGAGGAAGUGGAAUCUGAAUAUAAAGAAAGUUUAAAGCAGUUGGAAAAGAAUGUUAGUGAAAUUGGUGAAAAAAGUAAGCAUGUCGCAGCUGCUUUAAAGUCGAUGGAAGAGACUAUACAGUCUGAGAUUGAUGAGAAAUUAUCAUCACUAGAAACCUCAAUGGAUGAAUUAAGGUCUUCAAUCAGGGAGGCAAGGAGUGAUCUGGAAGCAUUAGGGUCAACUGUGGACAGCCUACUCUCAAAACCUGGAGAGACUGAGACUGCUGAGGAUGAACUGGCAUCCUUAAAGCUUUCACUAAAUGAGUUGCAAUCAGAUGUUGAUAAAUUAUCAGUGUCUUUAAAUAGAAUGCAAUAAGGCAUAAUUAUAACCAGUUAGGCAAUUUGUUUAAACAGACAAUCUCAAUAUUGUAAUGAAUAAAACGUAGCCCUGAAAGAUAGAAUGUAAAGAGAUUGUUUUAUGAAAAUGUUUUUUAUAAUGAAAUACAAACAUAUGUAUUGCAAUACUUUGCAGCUAAGAAAUAAAAGUUCUGACAUUAA